CGCGCCCUGAAUGGCGGCUUCGGCCCCUUUCACAAUAGCGCCCCCUCCUCUCGCCUCCUUUUUCCCUCCCUCCCGCUGCCCUCCCGGGCGCAUGCGCCCUGCGCUCGGCGGCAGCGGUGGCUCCGGCUCCGGGAGACUCCGUUUUUUUUAAAGGGAAACGCGAAGGCACCGGGGGCGGUGAAGGGGGUGGGGACCCCCAGGCAGUGGAGACCCUCGGGGGGGAGGGAGGCAGCGGCGACGACCAACCCCACCAAGCGGCGGGCCCACCCCGCACCCCCCUCCUGAGGAGGGGGGGGCCAUGGAGGCGCGGGGCGGCUGAGGCGAGCUCCAGGGCGGGGGGCCGGGGCCGGGCGGCGGCAGCAGCGGCGGCGGACUCUGGGGAUGAGCCCGGGGGCGGCCGGGUGCGGGCUCCCGCCUCCCAGGCGCAGGCGGAGGCGGCAGCGGCAGAGGCAGCAACAGCGGCGGCGGGGCCCCCAUGGGCGGGCGGCGCGCCCCAGCCGCGGCCUCGACUUCUCCUCACGGGGGCGGGAUGGCGCCCCGGCCCGGGGGGAGCAGCGCUAGCCGAGGCCCGGGGCCGCGCCGCUGAGUCCAGCGUCGCGCUAGCCGAGCCCAGCCCGCCCAGCGCUCCAGCUCCCGUUCCCACCUGCCCUCGCCCCCCAGCGCAGCCCAGCCCAGCCCGCGCCCUCCGCCCCGGGCCACCAUGACCAUGAGAUCGGCCGUGUUCAAGGCGGCCGCGGCGCCCGCCGGCGGCAACCCCGAGCAGCAGCAGCGGCUGGACUACGAGCGGGCGGCGGCGCUGGGCGGGCCCGAAGAGGAGCCCGGACCGCCCGAAGCCCAGUUUCUCUCUCGCCACCGUAAGCUCAAAGAGUCCGGGCCGCCCGUGGCCUCCUCGCAGGGGGGAAGCCCGGUUCCUUCCCCGGUCGGAGGCGGCGGCGGCGGCGGCGGCGGCGGCGGCGGAGGAGGAGGAGGAAGCGGCGGCGGCAAGGGCCGGAGUUUGGUGCUGCCGGCCGGGGCGGCCCCGGGGCAGCAGGAGGAGAGUUGGGGCGGCUCCGUGCCCCUGCCGUGCCCGCCCCCCGCCACCAAGCAAGCCGGGGUCGGGGGGGAGCCGGCCGCGGCCGGGGCGGGCUGUAGUCCCCGCCCCAAGUACCAAGCGGUGCUGCCCGGCCAGACGGGCUCCCAGGUGGCGGUGGCCGCGGACAAGGGCGGGGCCACCCCUCCCGCCGCCACCGCCUCGGACUCGGCGGGACCCCCGCCGCUCCCUCCGGCCGGGCCGCCGCCCCUGCCACCCGCCGCCGCCACCGUCACCGCCGCCGCCGCCGCAGGAACCCUGGCGGCCUCGGAGGGGCGAUGGAAGAGCGUGAGGAAAAGCCCCCUCGGGGGCGGCGGCGGCUCGGGUGCCAGCAGCCAGGCCGCCUGCCUCAAGCAGAUCCUCCUGCUGCAGCUGGACCUCAUCGAGCAGCAGCAGCAGCAGCUGCAGGCCAAGGAGAAGGAGAUCGAGGAGCUCAAGACCGAGAGGGAUUCGCUCCUUGCUCGGAUUGAACGUAUGGAAAGACGGAUGCAGCUGGUGAAGAAGGAUAACGAGAAAGAGAGGCACAGGCUGCUUCAAGGCUAUGAGACUGAAGACCGGGAGGAGCCUGAACUAUCUGAGAAGAUUGAGCUGGAGUGCCAGACUGAACUUUCAGAGACGUCUCAGGCCCUGCCAUCGAAACCUUUCUCAUGUGGACGGAGUGGGAAGGGACACAAAAGGAAAUCCUCAUUCGGAAGUGCUGAGAGAAAGACUCCAGUUAAAAAGCUGGCUGCUGAAUUUUCAAAAGUCAAAACAAAAACUCCUAAGCACUCUCCUGUUAAAGAGGAACCGUGUGGCUCCUUACCUGAAACUGUGUGUAGACGUGAACUGAGGAGCCAAGAGACUCCAGAAAAAUCCCGAUCUUCAGUGGACACCCCCUCUAAACUCUCUGUCCCCCAGAAGGCACCCAGCACUCACCCCAAGGAGAAAGGCUUCACAAGCGAGCUAGAAGAAUUGCCGUACCUUUCCACCACAGAAAUGUACUUGUGUCGUUGGCACCAGCCUCCCCCAUCACCGUUACCAUUACGGGAACCCUCUCCAAAGAAGGAGGAGACUGUAGCAAGAUGUCUGAUGCCAUCAAGUGUUGCAGGAGAAACUUCAGUCUUGGCUGUUCCUUCUUGGAGGGACCACACUGUAGAGCCUCUGAGAGAUCCAAAUCCUUCAGAGCUCUUGGAGAACCUGGAUGACAGUGUGUUUUCCAAGCGGCAUGCGAAAUUGGAGCUGGAUGAGAAGAGAAGGAAAAGAUGGGAUAUUCAGAGGAUCAGGGAACAAAGAAUUUUACAGCGACUGCAGCUCAGAAUGUAUAAAAAGAAAGGAAUUCAGGAAUCUGAGCCUGAGGUUACCUCAUUUUUCCCUGAGCCAGAUGAUGUUGAAAGUUUGCUGAUUACCCCCUUCUUGCCUGUUGUAGCAUUUGGACGACCAUUACCAAAAUUGACCCCACAGAAUUUUGAGCUGCCCUGGUUGGAUGAGCGCAGUCGCUGCAGGCUGGAGAUCCAGAAAAAGCAGACACCUCACAGGACGUGUAGGAAAUAACUGUGCUGGCAAGAGACCUUUAUCUUCAGAUGGUUGUAGCCUGCCAUUCCCAGAGAAUGGCUGAGACCUGUAUAUGUGACCCAGUUACCCAAACCUGUGUUCUCCUAUCUAUUAUCACUCACUGAUAAUGCCCUUACAUGCUUCGAGUUAAGGUGUUUUUGUUUUUGUCAUUCUGUUUUCACAAAAACUCCUUUGUUGAGCUAAUUUGGGGGAAUGGGAUUUUGUUUGUUCUUGCCCAUUUUAUUUUGGGGAAUGAGUUCUUGAGUUAAAUCUGCAAGGCCCUCUCUGGCUGGAAGCUUCAAAGGGUCCUGUAUUUGAUUUUUAGUGGUCACUAGGUAUAGAUUCUUGGUGAGCCAAACUUUGCCUAAAAAAGAUGUAUAUUAGUAUUCUGUGGCAUUGGGCACGGUGGUGUUGGUCCACCCUAAAAUGGCUCAACGUUAGCUUAAUGGCCAAAUGAAGAGUGGAGAAUAAGAUGAUGAUAGACCCUCCUCAUGGAGUGGAAAGAGGUCUGAGGAGCCAGUGGGCUUAUUAGACAAGGAUCCUUUUAAAUCAUUCUGUGAUUUAUCCUCAUAGGAAUGGGCGAGGGGAAGUUUAGUUAUGGUUAUUUUCUUGGUUAGCAAAUUGAGUCCCAUUCCAUUUCCCUCUUCCUUCCCUUCUCUCAGUCCUCCUCAAAAGCCUUUGUAUCUUGUGAGUGGUAAAGAGAACGGGCUCUUAAUUUACUAGCCCACCCUACCCUCAUGGUGUAACCCAAUAAAACCCGGUAGCCUGAAUAACAUGGCAUUUGAGAUGUCCGUGUGUCAAAUCACUUCUGAAGUAUUUCUUAUUGAGACUCUUGUCCUUUUAGUUUGGUGGCGGGUAAAGAUCUGGGGGGUGGGGGGGGAAGAGGAAAUGCUUCUAUGUACUUCAUUUGGCUGACAAAUAUGUCUGCAUAUUGAUGUACUUGAUAGAAUAUUCUUUGUGAAAAUAGAAUUCUACACGCACAAUAUUGGUUCCUUUUUUUCCAUUUUGUUUUAAGUGUUUCAGGGUAGCACUCCCAGACAACUGUGUAAGAGACCUGUAUUAGCUGGAGGGGAGAUAGAGCCAAGGCUUCAGCUAUAGGAAUUGCAUUUUGUUUUAGCCUUCAGGACUCUUGUGAGAAUUGAGUUUCUAGUCUCUAUGCAGUGAAGGGAAAAGGACUUGGAUCCUUAAAGGAAAUUUGCUGUACCUAAAACCAUAAGCACUUUUAGGGGAGAAGUCAAAAUAGAGGGUGUGGCUAGCCCCUUAUGGAAAUAGAAUAGGACACCAGUGUCAGAAGGAAGAGGAGAAAAGUUUACUUCUUACACUGUUUUAUCUUAUGAGGUGUUGGUGUGUAUUCCUUGGGUUUGAAUCUUCAAAAGGAUUCUCCCAGCAACACAUACAGUAUUCAUGGAAGAUCUUAGAACUUUUUUUUUUUUUUUUUGUGGGGUUAGAGUGAGCUAUGGUUUUUCAUUAACUCCUCCUGCCAAGGAAAAUGAUCUUACAACUGACCCUAAUAGUCAGGUUAAUGCAGCAAGGUGAUAGAAGGAAAAUAGGACUCCUUCUCCUAGCUGCCUUCAGCUAACACCUUAAAAAUUCAGGAGGAGAUGUCCAGAAAAAUCAGACCAGAUUGUUUUUUAUGUACUUUUUCUUUGCUUUCCUCAGUCUCUAUCCCAGGCUUUUUGGUGUUCCUUAUCUCACCUGGGGUACUAAUGCAUCACCAUUUCCUGACGUUGGAAAAGGAAGACUAGCCAAUGCCUCUGCUUUCUUCUUCACUGUUUCUCCCUGGCUUCUGUCGUUUGUUAUUUUGCUGAGACUCUUCCUACGGGGCCUGCUUCAGCUGCUGGCUGAAGCGAGUUUGACCUUCAGCUUGUGUCCUACCCAAGGCAUUUGUCAGGAUUCUGAAUUCUAGCUAGUAUCUGAGGAAUCUCUGAGGUGCUGUCUGACCAGGCAGAAGCUGCUCCUGUGCCCAUGAUUCUCCCUGCCCUGCAGAGGUCUUGUUGUAUCUUGCUCCACUGGCAGGCAGGCUUCUGCAGUUGUUUUCAUGCUCACACAUCCAGGUUUCCUGAGAAAAAGGGUCAGAGUAGGCUAGCAAAGUACCAAAAGUUAAAUUGACAAUGGGUGUUUAUUAGAGUGUGGGGAAAAAUUAGUCUUAUUUCUCCCUAUAUGGGAUACAACACUGUGAAAUUCAAUCUUCAACUGAAGGCCCUGCAAUUCUUUCCUAUAACAUAGUUCUUUGUUCUUAAUAUCUUGCUUUAACCAAGUUUAAGCUAGUGUUAAUAAAUUAAAAAGAAAAGCAACUUGUCUGUCCACUUAUGCUUUUUUUGUUUUACACCCAUUUCACACAUUGUUGUCUGUGUUGUAAUUCAUACUUUUGAUACCAUUUCUGAUGUGUAAAAUUGGUUGUCUUGUAAAUAUCUUAUAAAAAUUCAAUUGUAAAUAAACUAUUGUGGCUGUUAA